AUGAGAGUCAGGAAGUUCAAAAAAGCAAAGAGCGAGCCAAAGAAAGUGGCAGGCAAGAAGAAUAAGCAGAAGGAGGCAGAAAGCGCCUUCCUUCUUGAGCACAGAGCACCUAAACUACACAAGCAGGGCGUUAAGAAGCUGCAUCCGAGGCUGUUCUCCGAGUUCGAGGGCCGUGUGUUUGGAGACGAAUGCGUGUGUAGAAUAGACCUGUGCUCCAUGCUGAAGAAAAAGAGUGCAGAUGGAUACUACCACCGAGAGAAGAGCGUCAGCUUCAAUCUUCUGCAAAGCAGGCAGCGUGCCGCACGGACAAAUGUUAAGAAGGCCCCGGCGCCGGACGAUGAGGAGUUAGUGAGUCUGAGUAAGCGGCUGGUGGAGGAUGCUGUGUUUCGGGCCAUGCAGCAGUACAUGGAGGAAACUCAGCAGAACGGCGCCGCACCAAGAGACGAGGCUCCGCCGGGGGCCGCCAGCAAACUCAACACCACCAAAUGAGCGUGCGAGCCCUGAGCUGACCCCCGAGCCGACCGGCGGAGAGCUGCAAACACCUCCACCUGCCAGCGGCAUCAGAGCGCAGCCGAGACAAGGGUUGUGGAGCAGGAGGGAAGCCACGAUCAGGGCGGAUCUCUGGACAAACACUGCACUCAAACUCAACUUUACUUUCCCUGCCUUCCCCGUCCUGCAUCACUCCUGUAUUGGUAACACUUUAUUUUGUUGAUCCCUUUUGAGUAUUC